AUGGGCAAAAUUUCGUUGAUAAUUUUUGCAUGUAUUGUUGCCGCAGCAACGGCCACUCCAACCGGACGUGUGGUUGGUGGUCAAGAUGCCUAUGAGGGUCAAUUUCCUCAUCAGAUUUCCUUGAGACGUAAUGGCUCGCAUACCUGUGGUGGUUCGAUUAUUUCGAAAAAUUUCAUUCUAACCGCUGCCCAUUGUGUUGGCACCACCGAUGCUCAGGGUGAAUAUUAUACUUAUCCUGCUUCAGUGUUCACUGUACGUGCCGGUAGCAAUGACCGCUUCCAAGGUGGUGUGCUCGUGAGAGUGGCCGAAGUGAUUACCCACGAAGAUUAUGGCAACUUCUUGAAUGAUGUUGCCCUGUUGCGUUUGGAGGAGCCUUUGAUCUACUCAAAGAAUAUCCAACCCAUUGCUUUGGCUACAGCCGAAGUACCACCAGGCGCUCCAGUCAUAAUUUCCGGUUUUGGUCGCAUCAAGCAUGGCGGUGAUAUCCCUCAGAAGUUGCAAUGGAACACCUUGACUGCCAUUACACGCAGUGAAUGUAAACGUUUGAUCAAUUGGGAUUCCGAUGCCUUGAUCUGCUUGGCUCAUGAGGCCAACAAUGGUGCCUGCAAUGGUGAUUCCGGUGGCCCAGCUGUGUAUAACGGUGAAGUUGUGGGUAUUGCCGGUUUCGUUUAUGGCGGCUGUGGCAACAUCUAUCCUGAUGGUUAUGCUAAAGUUUAUUAUCAUCGCGAUUGGAUUAAGGAACAUUCCGAUUUGUAA